AUGCACUUCACAGGCUCCUCCUUAUCUCCUUGCUUUGACUUUCCUGCCUUCUGCAAGCUGCCAACCUCUGUCAGCAUUUGCAUAUUGCUGUAGCUUUUGCCAGGGAAGAAAACCUAGCUUCAUCUAUCAGGAGCAAUCUAGUGUGUUAUGGGAACUGAGCAUUCAAAGAACAAGAGGCGAAGAAGCAUGUUUUUUCUGAGGAAAGGUCAGAAGUUGCCUGCAUGGGAAGAUGCUCUUCUCUCAGGAAAAGAGCCCAAGUCACUGCUAAAACGUGGAUUACGUUAUGUCAGCUUAAGCCUGAUAAUGAAAGGGAUGACCAGUGUGCCUGACUUCUUAUGGGGAUUGCCUGAAGUGCAGAAAUUGAACCUUUCAUGCAACAGGCUGGUACUGAUUCCUCCUUCUUUGGGAAAACUGGACAGACUGGCGGUCCUGAACUUGUGUGGCAAUUGCCUCAGGUGUCUGCCUAAAGAGAUCGGACUGCUCAGGAACCUGAAGGUUUUAUUUGUCAACAUGAAUUGCCUGACAGAAGUGCCAGCAGAGCUCAGCUUGUGCAGGAAGCUAGAAGUUUUGAGCCUCUCACACAACCGCAUCUCACAACUGCCUUCAAGCUUCACUGAUCUGACAAGCCUAAGGAAACUGAACCUCAGUAACAAUCGCUUUGUUCAUAUUCCUCUCUGCGUUUUUGCAUUGAGGAGUUUAGACUUCUUGCACUUAGGGUCAAAUAGGCUUGAAAAUAUUGCAGAGAGCGUCCAGUAUCUAGUCAAUUUGCAAAUUUUUAUUAUAGAGAAUAAUUAUAUACGCACUUUGCCACGGUCCCUCUGCUUCAUCACCGCUCUUGAGUUACUAAAUAUAGAUUACAAUUCUAUUCAGACUCUUCCAGACGACCUCUACCUGCUGCACAGACUGCCAAAAAUUGCGUGGAAUCCAAUGGACAAAGGACUCCACCUUUCACACAACCCUCUGUCCCGACCCCUGCCAGAGAUCGUGGAGGGAGGACUUGACGUCCUCUUCAACUACCUCAAAGAGAAAAAGGAGCACAGCUAA